AUGGAUCAAUCGCCGACGGGUUGCCGAAUGGCUGGCUCGGGCGCGAUGCAACCAGGUCCCCUGCCCAAUGUGUUUGCGUUAGGCUGUCGCGUGCGCACUCUUCUUGGCACUUUGGAAUUGUCACGAGCCGCUUGUGGCGGUGAUGCCCUGCAAAGGUGUCUACUGUCUCCAUUUUUGUUCAACUUCGUUAUCGAUGAAAAGAUGAGGCGAACUUUGGAAGAUAUUCACAACCCCGGUGUCUACAUCGUUCCUAGUAAGAACCUCGUCGCAGACAAUGUCAUCUUUGAGGAAUCAGGCCGAACACAAGCACUGGUGAAUAAACUGGCAAACACCGCAACCCGUUUCGCCAAACGCAUUGCGCCUGCAAGGCUUGGGCACCCUGGUAUUAUCUCAGCUUUGUUGCUUCCUCCAAAUAGCAUUGUAACUAGGCGCCGAAAGGGUAUCAAAGGUGUCCUCUCCCCUUUCCUUUUCAACUUUGAUAUGCUGCUUGAAAUUUCUCUGCCUGUCUCUGAAACCUCGGGAGUUGAAAUGCUUCCGGGACGUUCCCUGUCAAACAUUGAGUAUGUAGAUGAUAUUGCUCUCCUUGGUUCAGAUUUUUUCCAAAUGCAAACGAUUUUAAGUAACCUAAAUUACUCUGUCGCACGGUUUGGCAUGCGCUUCACAUCUGCAAAGUGUAAAGUGCUGCUACAAGAUUGGGUGGGAUCAAACCCACACCUCAUGCUUGCAGGUGAGCCAAUCGACGUGGUAAAUAAAUUUGUUUACCUGGACAGCUGUAUGAGUUGUGGUGGACUGGUUGGAUAUACGAAUAUUUCUCGAAUCGGAAAAACCAGGGUAGCUUUUGCCAACCUCCGACACUUAUGGCGCCGACGUGACGGGAGUUUGUCGGUCAAGGGAGGAGCGUACAUUGCGUGUGAUCCAUACUGCUUUGUGGAUCAGAGACUUGGCUCCUAUGCGCAAAAGACAUACGGAAGAUGUCAGUGUUUGAUCACCGGUGUCUCCGCAGCAUUGGUCAGGUCUGGUGAGAACAUAGGGUUAGCAAUCCUAAGGUAA